CCACAUGGGUGUCAGCAGGAGGGGGCUGGCCCCACUCUGGGCCUUGGCUCUCGCCCUGGCCUGUGCCCAGCACACAGGCCACAACCAGGACAUCUCUCCCAGCUAUGAGCACCACCCAGACCUCCCUCCUGUCCCCCAGGGGCCCAACAGCAAACUACUCCGUGGGGUGACGAUCUUGCCGCCCCUGAGGACCAUCCCCGUGGUGCGAGUCCUGCACGGGGCGCACAACGGGCGUGUCUGCAGCACCUGGGGUAACUUCCACUACAAGACCUUUGAUGGCGACGUCUUCCGCUUUCCCGGACUCUGUAACUACGUGUUCUCUGCACACUGUGGGGCCGCCUACGAGGACUUCAACGUCCAGGUGCGCCGUGGCCAGGAGCCCAACGCCACCACUCCGAGCAGGGUCAUCAUGAAGCUUGAUGGCAUGGUGGUGGAGCUGUCCAAGACCUCCGUCCUGGUCAACAGCCGCCUGGUCCAGCUGCCCUUCAGCCAGUCCGGGGUCCUCAUCCAGCACAGUGGCAGCCACCUGAGGGUGGUGGCCAGGGUGGGCCUGGUGUUCAUGUGGAACCAGGACAACAGCCUCCUGCUAGAGCUGGACUCCAAGUACGCCAACCAGACCUGUGGCCUGUGCGGGGACUUUAACGGCAGCCCUAAGGUCCACGAGUUCCUCUCCCACAACACCAGGCUGACACCCCUGGAGUUUGGGAACCUACAGAAGAUGGACGGCCCCACAGAGCUGUGUCAGGACCCUAACCCUGAACCCCCGAUGAACUGCUCAAUCGACAUUGGCAUCUGUGAGGAGGUCCUGGGGAGCCAGCUGCUCAUGAGCUGCGUGGCCCUGGUGGACAUCACCCGCUACCUGGAGGCCUGCCGCCAGGACCUGUGCCUCUGUGAACACACUGACCCGCUCAGCUGUGCCUGUCACACCCUUGCUGAGUACUCCCGGCAGUGCGCCCAUGCCGGGGGGCUGCCCCAGGACUGGCGGGCCCCUCACCUGUGUCCCCAGACGUGCCUUCAUGACAUGCAGUACCACGAGUGCCGCUCACCCUGUGCAGAUACCUGCUCCUACAUGGAGCACUCCCAGGCCUGCGAGGACCACUGUAUCGCUGGCUGCUUCUGCCCAGACGGGAUGGUGUUUGAUGACAUUGGGCAGACCGGCUGCAUCCCUGCGUCCCAGUGUGCCUGCAAAUACAACGGGGCCACCUAUGCUCCAGGGGCCGUCUACACCACAGACUGUACCAACUGCACCUGCUCUGGAGGCCGGUGGAGCUGCCGGGAGGUCCCGUGCCCAGGCACCUGCUCUGUGCUUGGAGGCGCCCACUUCUCCACAUUUGACGAGAAGCAGUAUACGGUGCAUGGGGACUGCAGCUACGUGCUGGCUAAGCCUUGUGGUGACAGCACCUUCACUGUGCUGGCUGAGCUGCGCAGGUGUGGGCUGACGGACAGUGAAACCUGCCUGAGGAGUGUGACGCUGAGCCUGGGCGGGGCACAGACAGUGGUCGAGGUGAAGGCCAGUGGGGAGGUGUUUGUGAACCAGAUCUACACCCAGCUGCCCGUGUCCACAGCCAAUGUCACCCUCUUCAGACCCUCCACCUUCUUCAUCAUUGCUCAGACCAACCUGGGCCUGCAGGUGGACAUCCAGCUAGUGCCCACCAUGCAGGUGUUUGUGAGGCUGGCACCUGAGCUCCAGGGGCUGACCUGUGGCCUGUGCGGGAACUUCAACCAGAACCAGGCCGACGACUUCACGGCCCUCAGUGGGGUGGUAGAGGGCACGGCCGUGGCCUUUGCCAAUACCUGGAAGACCCGGGCUGCCUGCCCCAAUGUCAGGAGCAGCUUAGAGGAUCCCUGCUCCCUGAGCGUGGAGAACGAGAAGUAUGCUCAGCAUUGGUGCUCACUGCUAACCGACACCCACGGCCCCUUUGCCCCCUGCCACGCUGCUGUGAACCCGCACACCUUCUACUUGCACUGCAUGUUCGACACCUGCAACUGUGAGAAGAGUGAGGACUGCCUGUGCGCGGCCCUGUCCUCCUACGUACGCGCCUGCGCCGCCCGGGGCCUGCUGCUCCAUGGCUGGAGGGACGGCGUCUGCAAGAAGCCCACGACCACCUGCCCCAAGUCCAUGACCUACCGCUACAACAUCAGCACCUGCCAGCCCACGUGCCGCGCCCUGAGCGAGGGGGGUGUCACCUGCCGCGUCCCCUUUGUGCCUGUGGAUGGAUGUACCUGCCCUGAGAGCACCGUCCUGGACGACACCGGUGUGUGUGUGCCGGCCACCAGCUGUCCCUGCUACCACAGGGGUGCCGUGGUCCCCAAUGGGGAGUCAGUGCACGACGGUGGGGCCAUCUGCACCUGCACACAGGGGAUGCUGAGCUGCCUUGGAGGCCCUGCCCCCACACCAGUGUGCACUGCACCCAUGGUCUACUUUGAUUGCCACAACGCCACACCAGGGGUGGCCGGGGCCGGCUGUCAGAAGAGUUGCUACACCCUGGACAUGGCCUGUUAUAGCUCCCAGUGUGUGCCUGGCUGCGUGUGCCCCGAUGGGCUGGUGGCAGAUAGUGAAGGUGGCUGCAUUGCGGUGGAGGACUGCCCCUGCACACACAAUGAGGCCAGCUACCAGGCUGGCCAGACCAUCCGGGUGGGCUGCAACACCUGCACCUGCGACCGAAGGAUGUGGCAGUGCACGGAUGAUCCCUGCAUGGCUACCUGUGCUGUGUACGGAGAUGGCCACUACCUCACGUUUGAUGGGCAGCGCUACAGCUUCAGUGGCGACUGCCAGUACACACUGGUGCAGGACAACUGUGGUGGGAGCAGUGGCACACAGGACGCCUUCCGCGUUGUCACUGAGAAUGUCCCCUGUGGCACCACGGGCACCACCUGCUCCAAGGCCAUAAGGCUCUUCCUGGGGAGCUACGAGCUGAGGCUGAGCGACGGGAAGGCAGAGGUAAUCGGGGAGGGCGCAGGGCAGGAGCUGCCCUUCACCAUCAGCCAGAUGGGCGUCUUCCUGGUGGUGGACACCAACGUUGGCCUGGAGCUGCUGUGGGACAGGAGGACCAGCAUCUUCAUCCGGCUCAGCCCUGAGUUCAAGGGCAGGGUCUGCGGCCUGUGUGGGAACUUCGAUGACAGUGCCAUCAACGACUUCACCACACGGAGCCAGUCUGUGGUGGGAAACGCCCUGGAGUUUGGGAACAGCUGGAAGCUCUCCCCAUCCUGCCCGGACGCCCUGGCACCCAAGGACCCCUGUACCACCAACCCCUACCGCAAGUCCUGGGCCCAGAAGCAGUGCAGCAUCAUCAACAGCGCCACCUUCGCCGCCUGCCGCGCCCACGUGGAGCCAGACAAGUACUACGAGGCUUGUGUGAGCGACGCGUGUGCCUGCGACUCGGGAGGUGACUGCGAGUGCUUCUGCACGGCUGUGGCCGCCUACGCCCAGGCCUGCCGCGACUCUGGCGUUUGUGUGUCCUGGCGGAGCCCCGACGUCUGCCCUCUCUUCUGUGACUACUACAACUCCAAGGGCCAAUGCGAGUGGCACUACCAGCCCUGUGGGGCCCCCUGCAUGCGUACCUGCCGGAACCCGCGGGGAGACUGCCUGCCUGACGCUCACGGCCUAGAAGGCUGCUACCCGAAGUGCCCAGUGGAGGCCCCCAUCUUUGACGAGGACAAGAUGCAAUGUGUGGCCACCUGCCCAGCCCCGCCCCAGCCUCCACCCUGCCGAGUCCACGGGAAGUUGUACCAGCCGGGUGCGGCCGUACCAUCGGACAAGAACUGCCACUCCUGCAUUUGCAGCAGGACAGGUGUGCGGUGCACCUAUGACGCCCAGGCCUGUGUGUGCACCUACGGUGGCCAGCACUUCCACCCCGGGGACGUUAUCUACCAUACCACAGAUGGCGCUGGUGGCUGCAUGUCUGCCCACUGCGGGGCCAAUGGCACCAUCCAGAGGAGGGUCCACCGCUGCGGCCCCUCCACCCCUGCCCCCCAAACCACAUUCUCCUUCUCCAUGUCCCCACUAGUCCUGAGCUCAACGCCGACCCUUGGCCCCCGCCCCAGCCUCAGCCCCACCCUAAGCACAGCACACGCAAGUCCCCCAAGCAGUGCCCAGUCCACGGUCACGGGCACCUCCCCCAGGAUGGUGGCUUCCUCAGCCUCUGCCCUGCCCCACCUGCCCUGUGGGGAGGAGUGUCUGUGGUCACCCUGGAUGGAUGUCAGCCAUCCUGGACAGGGCGUUGACAGUGGUGACUUUGACACACUGGAAAACCUCCGUGCCCAUGGGUACAAGGUCUGCCUGGCGCCUAGGGAGGUGGAGUGUCGGGCUGAGGACACCCCCCAGGUGCCGCUUCACCUCCUGGGACAGCGCGUGGAAUGCAACCCCACAGUGGGGCUGAUCUGUUACAACAAGGACCAGGCGGUGGGGCUCUGUGACAACUAUCAGAUCAGGGUCUUGUGCUGCACACCCCUGGCCUGCCCCACCUCUGGUGGUCCAGCUUACACUACGCCCCUGACGAUCUCCAGGACACCUGAGACCCAGGGCACUCUAUCCACAGCUGGUACGAUGUCCACCACAGUCAGGACCACACCAGGCCCAGACACCAAUACGCCUGUGCAAACUACCCUACUGACACCUACCCUGACAUCAGGACCAAUGGCCUCAACGAUACCCUCUGUGAGCCCCACGGCCCUGGGGACCUCAGGGCUCACAGAGAAGCCACCUGGCCCUGAAACCAGUCCAGUUUCCUGCCUCCAGGAGGUCUGCAGUUGGACUGCCUGGAUUGACGGCAGCUACCCGGGGCCCGAAAGAAACAGUGGGGAUUUUGACACUUUUCAAAAUUUGAGAGAAAAAGGAUACAGGUUCUGUGAGAUACCUAGCCGUGUGGAGUGCAGGGCAGAGAGCUUCCCCAACACCCCACUGGCAGAGCUUGGCCAGGACGUAACCUGCAACACAAGAGAGGGGCUGCUUUGCCUGAACAAGAACCAGCUGCCACCCAUCUGCUACAACUACCAGAUCCGCAUCCAGUGCUGUGAGGUGCUAGACAGGUGCAGAGGCAAGCCGACAGCAGCCACGCAGCCCACCACGGGGGAGACUGGGAUCCACACAUGGGCCACGGUGACAACAAUAACAUCCUCAGCCUCCACAGAGCACAAGACUGGCAGCUCAGCAGCAGUGCCCACAGCGACAGGGGCCAUGCACACCACCUACACAGUCACUGGACGCCAGACCCCAGACUGCCAGCCCAGGUGCUCCUGGACCAAGUGGUUCGACGUCGACCUCCCGGCCCCCGGGCCCCACGGUGGAGAUGUUGAAACUUACAGCAACAUCAUCAGGAGAGGGGAAAAAAUCUGCCACCAGCCUGAAGAAAUCACCAAGCUCGAGUGCCGUGCAGAGAACCAUCCUGAUGUGAGCAUCGAGCAGCUGGGCCAGGUGGUGCGGUGUGACCGUGACGUGGGCCUGGUGUGCAGGAACCAGGACCAGGCGGGAAGACUCAGGAUGUGCCUCAACUACGAGGUGCGCGUGCUGUGCUGCCGGACGCCUGCAGGCUGCCCUCAGACCACCAUGCCUGGCCCCGUCCCAAGUACUUCAAGUGAGGGCCUCACCAGCCCAACUCAGAUCACCUCCACUGGAGAGAAAACCAGCACGACCUCUGUGGUGACAUCCAGCACGACCUCCUCACCCCAAACCAGAACCACCUCUAUUUCUGGAGUCAAGACGACCUCUGGACAUACAGCCAGCACAACCUCUGGUCACACGGCCAGCACAACCUCUGGACAUACAGCCAGCACAACCUCUGUUCAUACAGGCAGCACAACCUCCUCACCCCAAACCAGAACCACCUCUAUUUCUGGAGUCAAGACAACCUCUGGUCACACAGCCAGCACCACCUCUAGUCACACGGCCAGCACAACCUCUGGUCAUACAGCCAGCACAACCUCUGGUCACACGGCCAGCACAAUCUCUAGUUCUACAGUCAAGACAACCUCUAGUCACACAGCCAGCACCUCCUCUGGGCAGACACCUAGCUCCACCUCCAGUCCUAUAACCAGCACAACCUCCGGCCCCAUAACUACUCCCAGGCCUGUCGUCACCACCAGCACAACCUUUGUUCCAACGCCUGCCACAGUUCACACUCCUGCUCCUGGGACAACCUUCUCCCCACCUGUCAACACAGACUGUCAGCCCAGGUGCUCCUGGACCAAGUGGUUCGACGUCGACCUCCCGGCCCCCGGGCCCCACGGUGGAGAUGUUGAAACUUACAGCAACAUCAUCAGGAGAGGGGAAAAAAUCUGCCACCAGCCCGAAGAAAUCACCAAGCUCGAGUGCCGUGCAGAGAACCAUCCUGAUGUGAGCAUCGAGCAGCUGGGCCAGGUGGUGCGGUGUGACCGUGACGUGGGCCUGGUGUGCAGGAACCAGGACCAGGCGGGAAGACUCAGGAUGUGCCUCAACUACGAGGUGCGCGUGCUGUGCUGCCGGAUGCCUGCGGGCUGCCCUCAGACCACCAUACGACCUCUGGGCACACAGCCAACCACCGUGACCCAUCCUCCAACCACACUGAUGAAGACCUCAUCUUCAGUCUGGUCCACAUCUGUAGUCUCCACCUCUGAGGUGUCCAGCUCUUCAGUGCCCUCUACCCGCACCUGCUUCUGUAGCCUGGCUGGACAGUUGUAUCCUGCGGGAUCCAUCAUUUACCGCCAGACAGACCUUGCUGGCCAUUGCUAUUAUGCCCUGUGCAACCAGGAUUGCCAGGUGGUCAGAGGGGUGGACCAUACAUGUCCCUCCACUACGCUGCCUCCUGCCCCAGUGACGUCCCCUUUGACAUCCACCUCCAAACCUGUCACUACCCAGGGAUGCCCAAGCGCAGUUCCCCCAAGAAAGAAAGGCGAGAUCUGGGCCCUGCCCAACUGCUCCCAGGCCACCUGUGAGGGCAACAAUGUCAUCUCUCUACACCCACGCACAUGCCCGAGGGUGGAGGAGCCCACUUGUGCCAACGGCUACCCAGCCCUAAAGGUGGCUGACCAGGACGGCUGCUGCCAGCACUACCAGUGCCAGUGUGUGUGCAGCGGCUGGGGAGACCCUCACUACAUCACCUUCGAUGGCACCUACUACACGUUCCUGGACAACUGCACGUACGUGCUGGUGCAGCAGAUCGUGCCCGUGCACGGACACUUCCGCGUGCUCAUUGACAACUACUUCUGCAACGCGGAGGAUGGGCUCUCCUGCCCACAGUCCAUCAUCGUCGAGUACCAGCAGGACCGUGUGGUGCUGACCCGCAGGCCAGUCAGCGGGGUGAUGACCAAUGAGAUCAUCUUCAAUGGCGAGGUGGUGCACCCUGGCUUCCAGAAAAACGGCAUCAUGGUUUCCCAAGUGGGCAUCAAGAUGUACCUGACUAUCCCCAAGCUUGGAGUCCAGGUCAUGUUCAGUGGCCUCAUCUUCUCGGUGGAGGUGCCCUUCAGCAAGUUCGCCAACAACACCGAGGGCCAGUGUGGCACCUGCACCAAUGACCAGAAGGAUGAUUGCCGCAUGCCCGGGGGGGCAGUGGCUGCCUCCUGCUCUGUGAUGUCUGGCCUCUGGAAUGUGACCAACUCUGACCAGCCAUCCUGCCAUGGGCCUCGCCUGUCACCCACGACAGUGGGGCCUACCACCGUGGGGCCCAUGACUCCGCCCCCUGCGUGCCUGCCAUCCCCAAUCUGCCAGCUGAUUCUGAGCGAGGUCUUCCAGCUAUGCCACACCAUGAUCCCCCCAUGGCCAUUCUAUGAGGGCUGCAUCUUUGACCAGUGCCACAUGCCUGGCACGGAGGUGGUGUGCUCCGGCCUGGAGCUCUACGCCUCACUGUGUGCCUCCUACGGCGUGUGCAUUGACUGGAGAGGCUGGACCAACCACACGUGCCCAUUCACCUGCCCGGCUGACAAGGUGUACCAGCCCUGCGGCCCCACCAAUCUCUCCUACUGCCAUGGGAACGACAGUGCCAGCCUCAUGGUCCUCCAGGAGGCCGGGCCCAUCACAGAAGGCUGCUUCUGUCCCCACGGCAUGAUGCUCUUCAGUGCCAGCACCCAAGUCUGUGUGCCCACGGGCUGCCCCAGGUGCCUGGGCCCCAACGGAGAACCGAUGGAACCAGGCCAAACCGUCAGUGUCGACUGUCAGGAGUGCACCUGUGAUGGGGCCACUUGGACCAUGACCUGCUGGACAAAGCCCUGCCCACCGCCCCCCACGUGCCCCCUGCCUGGCUUUGUGCCUGUGCCCCUAGCCCCCCAGGCCGGUCAAUGCUGCCCUCAGUACAGCUGCGCCUGCAACACCAGCCACUGCCCCAAGCCUGUGGACUGUCCCCAGGGCUCCCGCCCAAUCCUGACCCAUGAGAAGGGGGCCUGCUGCCCAAGCCAGAACUGCAGCUGGACAGUCUGCAAUGUCAAUGGAACCCUGUACCAGCCCGGUGCAGUGGUCUCCUCGAACCUGUGUGAGACCUGCUGGUGUGAGGUGGCCGGCAGCCCCGAGGCGGGCACGCCUGUGGUCAGCUGUGAGACCCAGAUCUGCAACACCCACUGCCCUGUGGGCUUCGAGUACCAGGCCCGGAGUGGGCAGUGCUGUGGCACCUGCGUGCAGGUUGCCUGUGUCACCAACACCAGCGGCACCACUGCCCACCUCUUCUAUCCUGGGGAGACAUGGUCAGAUCCGGGGAGCCGUUGUGUGACCCAUGAGUGUGAGAAGCACCAGGAUGGGCUUGAGGUGGUGACCACGAGAAAAGUGUGUCCUCCUAUCAGCUGUACUCUGGCCCAGGCCAAGCUGAAUGAGGAUGGUUGCUGCCUAUUCUGUCCCCCACCCCAGCCCCAGAACAAGUCGUCCUGUGCUGUGUACCAUAAGUACCAGGUCAUUCGGCAGCGGGACUGCAGCUCUGCCCAGCCUGUGCGCCUGGCCUACUGCCAGGGCAACUGUGGAAACACUGGCUCCAUGUACUCCCUGGAGGCCCAGGCACUGCAGCACAGGUGUGCUUGCUGCCGGGAGCUGCGAGUCUCGAGGAGGAGUGUGACCCUGUACUGUGCUGAUGGCUCCCGCCGGGCCUUCAGCUACACCGAGGUGGAGCAGUGUGGCUGCGUGGGCCAGCACUGCUCCUCACCAGGUGACAUCAGCCACUCUGAGGAGCCAGAGCCUGAGCAGAGUGAGGAGGACCACAACCAGGAGACAGAGGGCAGUGGGCAGGCAGGGGUCCAGGCCUUCCGUGCCCACACACUGGCACCGCCGGCCUCCUGAUUCACCAGAGAGAACGUCCUUUACGUCCUCUGGUCUCAGACCCUGAGGCCAGAGGAACUUGUGCCCUUGUCCAAGUGACUAUCAUCCAGAACCCAGUCCACCUGCCACAUGCACUCCCAGCAUCCACACUGGGCUGGUGUCUCCUGCCUGGGCCCACCUGCUGAGGAAGAGCCUGGGGUAAGGUGUUCCUCUGGCCUUCCCGUUUGGGACUCAAGCAUCAUGUGAAGCUCUCAUGAGUGACUGUCACUGGACAUGGUCAUCAGCUGCUUGGCAGCUGCUGGGAGGUAGAGCCUCACUCCUACCUCAGCCCCGGACCUGUGUCCCCUCCUCAGGAAAUGGCCAACCUGGUUCAUAAUAUACUUUGAG